AUUACUUGAGAGAGAGAAAAAAAAAAAAAAAACAAUGGCUGCUGAUUCUCCGAGUUCUGUACGAAAAGUGGUUGUUCAUCUCAGAGCAACUGGCGAUGCGCCUAUACUCAAACAAGCCAAAUUCAAGAUUCCUGGAACUGACAAGUUUGCUAAAGUGAUUGACUUUCUAUGCCGGCAGCUUCAUCGGGAAACAUUGUUUGUCUAUGUCAACAGUGCAUUCUCACCAAACCCAGAUGAAUUGGUAAUUGAUCUGUAUAAUAAUUUUGGUUUUGAUGGUAAGCUGGUGGUCAAUUAUGCUUGUUCCAUGGCAUGGGGCUAACUAAUGGUGAUGGGUUCAUGUAGUAAGUGCAGAGUGACUCAUUGUCUCUUUCUUCUGAUUUCUCCUCGGUCUGAUAAUUGGUAAGGAAACAAACAAAAAUGGCCCCUCUCCUUUUUACUUUUCCUAUCACUGAUUUUAAGAGGUUGCAUGUUUCACCGAAAACUUGGAUGAUUAUUUCCAUACAGACAAGGAAACAGGAUUUGCUGGUAUAUUGAAGAUUAUGAUUAGGAUCUGAAGAGUGGAACUGAAAGUUUAUAUCAUAAUGAUUUGAGUUUGACAAAGACUUUAUAUAAAAGGUGUAAUUUCCUGUUGAUUGUCAUUUAACUGUUGAUUACAUUUUGAUAAUAUAGCCAAAGUUACAACACAA